AGCUGCAGCGGCCGGGGCUCAUUUGUUCCCGGCUGAGGAGCAGCAUCCUCCGGGACACCGGCGGAGGUACCAGCGUGGCAGCACCGACACCUCCUCCAGGCGGGGACAGGGACCUCCUCCAGGCGGGGACAGGGACCUCCAGGCGGGGACAGGGACCGGAGCAGCGGGGCACCAGCCGAGCGCAGCGCGCAGCCUCCGCCGCAGCAUGAGCGCGGACGUGGCGGUGACCGUGUGGGUGCUGCUGGUGGACGUGUCGGUGUCCCUGGCGGUGCUGGUCGGGGUGGUGGUUGUGAGUGAUGUCCUCCGCAGGUUCCUGGCCCGGGCCCUGGCGGACACGGGGCUGUGCGGGUACGCGGCGGAGUUGGUGUCCACGCUGCAGCUGUGCUGCUGCACGCUGGAGCUGAAGCUGCUGUCGGCGGCGGGGCGGCUGUCCCCGGGGCCGGCGCUGCUCCUCACCUACCUGGGCUCCGUGGUGCACGGCCUGACGUUCCGCGGGGCCGCGGGGAACCCGUCCGGCGUGCUGGAGCACGCCUACCGCCGCAGGCUCACGCCCGCAGCGGCGCUGCGGCGCAUCGCCUGCCAGUUCGCCGCGGCCGCGGCGGCGCGCUUCGUCCUCGUGCCCGCGCUCUGGGGUCUGGGGGUCUCCUCGCUGCACGCGCAGACCCGCAGGCUCGGGUUCCCGUGCGGGAGCCCCGUGCGGGGCUCCGUGUGCGCGGCCGCCGCCGUGGAGGCGGCGUGCGCCUUCGCGGUGCAGACUGUCAGCACGCACACGCAGGGCGUGGAGGAGAAAUACCGGGUGCACGCAGUGGCCGCCGUCAUCGCGACGGUGGUUUAUGCAGGUGGCCAGAUGACCGGAGCUGUGUUUAACCCUGCGCUGGCCUUCUCCACACAGUUCCCUUGCAGUGGAACCUCCUUUCUGGAGAACUGCUUCAUAUACUGGCUUGGCCCACUUCUCGGUAUGAUGAGCUCAGUCCUGCUGUUUGACAAACUCGUAGCUCUGUUGUCCGGGCAACCACUGCCUCUCCACCUCCCACUGGAGUCCAAGAAGAAGAUAUGAGCAACUGGGAGAACCCAGAGAACGAUGGGACAUCGUUUCCUACGGACAUUUAACCUUCUUCCUAGUGAAGAAUAACACGAACACUGAUAUGCACUUUUAAAGAGACCUGUUUUAAACGGCGGAGCAUGACCCUCAGCAUGAUUUGAUAGUACAAGCACAUCUUAAGACUGGUAAAUUUAACGGACACAUUUUUACCUCACAAUUAGUUGUUACAUCAAAAGUAGCUGGUUUUAAAUGAAAAAGCAGCACAAUAGUUGUCUCAAACCCACUGAACAGCACUUUUUAUCUCAGCACGCUAACUUGACAUGAUUUAUUAGAAAAUCACUUCCACACGGAGGGAUGUGUGUCUUCUGGUAUCGUCAAGUCCUGUAAACGAGUCUCGUAAUGUAAUA